UUCAUGGAGCUGGAGAAGAGACUCAGCGAUUUCUCUCUGAAAAGUGCCAUGCUGCAGGAGGUGCUGCUGGGAUUCAAAGAGACGCUGCGACGGGGGCUGGGGAGCGACACAGCCAUCCCGAUGAUAAUUAAUUUCUGGGAAACAUCCUCAGCAGAAUUAUUUGAAUGUGUUGCACCGGAGAGUAAAGGUACAGAGGCAGUGGCUUGUGAGAAACAGGGCGGCAGAGUAACACCCACCUUUGGCUCCAGAUUGUCCCAGCCUCCCACGGGACAGGGAAGGGAACUGGCUGUAGUGGAGCCAGUCCAGGGGCCGGUGACCUUCGAGGAGGUGGCUGUGUAUUUCACCAGGGAAGAGUGGGCUCUGCUGGACCCCCGUCAAAGAGCCCUCUGCAGAGACGUCAUACAGGAGAACUAUGAGAAUGUGACCUCGCUGGCAGGUGAUGCAAUGGUAUGUGACAAAGAGGAGCAGAAUUCUCAGAAGGAAAAUGUUGAGCAAGUGGAUAAACACAGAGCAUUAUCGCAAAGAUUGAAAAGGAAUGUGUCCAGGAGUCAUGAGCAGGGAAAAUCCUGUGAGAUUCAGCACAGACCAGAAAAAGAACAGGGAAACCAGCCAGGGGAGAAAGUGUGUAAAUGUAUUUCCUCUUGGGGAACUCAGAAGGACCUCAAGGAAACCACAAAACAGCAGGAAAUCCUCAGGAGAAAGAGAAAAAAUACAUGCACUGAGUGUGGGAAAAACUUACGUGACUAUUCAGCCCAUGUAAAGCAUCAGAGAAUCCACACAGGGGAGAGGCCCUAUGAAUGCACUGAAUGUGGAAAACUCUUCACUAAGAGCUCAGGCCUUUCUGAACAUCAGCGAAUCCACACAGGGGAGAGGCCCUAUGAAUGCAGUGACUGUGGAAAAUGCUUCACUAAGAGCUCAGCCCUUUCUGAACAUCAGAGAAUCCACACAGGGGAGAGGCCCUAUAAAUGCCGUGAAUGUGGAAAAUGCUUCACUAACACCUCAGGCCUUUCUAAACAUCAGCGAAUCCACACAGGGGAGAGGCCCUAUGAAUGCCGUGAGUGUGGGAAUACCUUUUCUUGGCACUCAGCCCAUGUUAGCCAUCAGAGAAUCUGCAAGCGAGAUCAACACCAUAAAAACCUCUAG